GAUGCACUUGUUGAACCGCUUGUUUUAAUCUCAAGUCAUUGGUGAUUGUCUACAAACUUGCUACUUUCAGCUUCCUAUGGAUAUCAUGGAUUAUCUUCAAUGUAUAACUUUGUUUUAAUUUUUGGUGGUUUUAUUCCUUGUAUAUUGAUGAUACAUUCUUUGUGGCUCCUUGGAAGAUGUCUGGAUGUUACUACUGUUAUCUUUCAGAUUUCUUUACUCGUUAAGCAUAUUAGAAUAUACUCCACAUAAAACAAAGUCUUAAGUACAAUAUUAUACUAGAAGAAGGUACACAUUUUUUAAAGACCAAGCUUCAAAGUAAAUGGACUGGUUGAUGGGGAAAGCUAGAGGGGUAAGUCGUGGCUUCAUGCAUACCCCUCCCAGCAUCGUAUCUUCGGCUGCAACAGAACCUAUUCCCAUCGUUCAUCAUAACCACUGUGUCUCUCCGACCGGUACUCCGCCAUUGAGUACAAGUAGUGUAAGUGUUGAAACUGAUAGCAGACGUUCUCCUGUUCCUGUGAAAGAGUAUUCAGCAAACGAAUCUCGCGGCGGCCUAGCUGUAAAGCUACGUGCCCCUUCACCUCUAUCCGUAAACGUACAAGUUUCUCAGGUGUCGGGUAAGUGUUCGCAAUCACCUGGGGUAUCUGUAGAAACAGAAAUUCACGCUGAUCCUAAAACUCCAAUGUACAUGAAAAAUGUUUAUGUUUCCCAGCAAUUACCCAUAUUUUUGGAUUCAUCUUAUCCUGAAUUCUGUGAUAUUGUAGAGCCAUUUCCAGCUAUGGAUACGAAUGAGUGGCUUGCUGCACACACAAUUGCAUUGUUUGACAAUAUUAGUAUAAUAUAUGACGCCAUAUACGAGCUCUGCGGUUGCCGAAGCUUGUGGGAGUCCUUGGAAGAUUCAGGAAUCCACAACAUUGUCUCCUCAUUGUUACUGGAAAUUUCAAAUAGUUCGCUUGGUGUGCAAAGCGAAGACGAUCGCGGCAAAAAAAACAAAAGUCUCAUUGUAGGCUCCAUCUCACAAUACAGUAGAAUUUCAGCUCGUCAAGCUAUUGAUGGUGCUCUAUCUUCUUGCCAUGACCUUAUUCAAUGCCCUCGUUUAUUUCCUAUACGAAAUGGUGAACCGUUUCCUUCUGAUUUGCCUCAAUAUGUUUCCGUUAUAUGCAAAAAUAUACUGGUGUGUAUAGUUCAUAUGUAUGUUGCACAUUUCAAUCAUCUAGAUCAACUUGAGUUAAUACCUCAUAUGAAUACCCUAGCCAGACAUUUCUUCGCAUUUAGCAAAAGAUUUUCACUUGUUGAUGAUAAGCAGUUGGAUGCUUUGGCGUGUUUCAGUCAUACAGCAUUUAGUUCAAAUAAUUGAGUAGCUGUCGUUAUGGGCAUCAUAAAAGUGCAUUUCAAAUAAAAUCCCUACGCGUGCAGUUAGUCGUCUCUUAUGUGACGUUGAUACCACCGUCGUUAUAAAUAAAUUUUGAAUAGCAAACUUCACUAUGCAAACCAACUUUAGACCCUUUCAUGCGCUACAUUUUUAUAGAGAACUCCGUUCCACUAUUUAUUGUAUUGCAUUAUGUUGUAAUAAAACUGUUCUGAUCUUGGAGACUUGUUUGUUGCUUUAUUUCAUUCCACUAAAUGAAAGUCUAUUUUAGUUCGUGGCACUAAUUCCUAGUUGUGUGUUCAUUCUUUUUAAGUUUUAAAUGAGUCAUUGGUUUUGUGUAAUAAAUGUAAAAUAAUAGUUGAAUUUCUAAUAGCAUAUCACCAAACACCUCCAUUGAUGUGUAAUGUUACUGAAUAACUUGUACAUUUCUCGUUGUUUUUUAAAGGCUUCGUAUCGUUUUGUUUCGUUUAUAUUUGCUUUGGGUUGAAUUUAAACAAUAUUAGACUGAUUAUGAAAUGUAAUUUUGUUCAACGGUACUGUUUCGUAGCUUCUCGUAUGAUCUUGAAAAUUUGUAACGCAUGAAAUCGUUCCGACUUAAAAUACAGGUUGUUAUAUGUGUU